CAACUUUUCAGUCAUCCUAUGAUUUUAUUUUGAUUGUUUUGGAAGUGGUUGUGUUGUAUCGUUCGACGAUUGCUGGUUAACUAAAUUAAUGUCUGGUUAACUACUAACUAGUUUAAACAAAUUUUUUUUGGUAAAGGGAAAUAAUUGAAACCAUGUCUCAGAAAGGGUGGGUGAAACCAGAUUUUGCAAAGGGAUCUGAAGGCUAUACACACUCAACAAAGAAACAAUGCAGCAGUAAAUCACUUAUGUAUGAUUCUGCAAGAGUGAAACAAUCAACAGAAUCUACAGAAUGUACGUCAACACCAGUAAACUCUAGUGAACUUGUAGUUCAAAAGAAAAAAGUUGCAGAAGUGAAACAUUGGUUGGAACAAGCAUUUUCAAAAAGCCAGCAGGGACAGUUUCUUCUCUUAACUGGCCCCCCUGGAUGUGGCAAAUAUCAAACUUUAAGUGUACUGUGCAAAGAAUUAAACAUAGAAAUACUAGCUUGGGAGGAACCAAUCAAGCAUUUUGAAGCUAGUGAAUGGGAAUAUGAACAAUAUAAUCCUCACCAUUAUAGAGAGCCUAAGCAAAAAGAUGUCAAUUUUUAUGAUCACCUAGAAGAGUUUUUGGAAAGAGCAAAUCGUUUUUCCACUCUUAAAAUGAAAGAUGCUAAAGGUUCAGUUGCUCACAAUUCCAACAUGAGAAAAAUUCUUCUCAUAAAAGAAUUUCCCCCUAUGAUUUUCAAAAAUCUUGAAAGAUGGCACAAUAUCCUCCUGAAGUACUCACAUAGAACAAUAACACCUGCUGUAUUCAUAUUAACUAGUACGAAAGCCUUCAACAGCACUCAGCUAAAACUUUUUCCAACUGUUUUGUCAGAAAGACUUAUGAUGUCCACUGUCAACUUUACAGGUCUUGCAAAUACUUUUGUACUAAAAGCACUACAAAGAGUUUCACUUAAAUCUAAACAAGCUACUCCACCUGAAGUGAUCGAAGGUAUUGUUGGAUCUUGCAAUGGCGACCUGCGAAGUGCUUUGAAUGCGAUGCACUGGAUAACUACAAGCAAUGUCAACGUUAAAAAACCGCCCGCCUACUCGAAAAAGAGGAAACUUGCUUCCGUUGAAAAGAAAGAUUCAUUAAACACGAUGUAUGUCCGAGAUGGAUCGCUGGAUUUCAUGCACGCAAUUGGAAAAAUUCUCCAUUCAAAAAGAUUGGAUCAAGUUCAGGGAAGUUUGCCUGAAUUACCGAAACAUUUGUUAGAAGAAUUUCGGCUGCCAUUGAAAGAAGAUGUUAAUGAAUUAACUAAAAAUAUUGAUGAAGCUUCCUCUAAGGUUCUGCUGUACCUACACCAGAAUUAUCCGCUCUAUUUCAACCGAAUUGAAGAUGUGUCCAAAGCUGUAGGAUACUUGAGCUCAGCCGACUCACUUGGUAACCAGUUGGUGUAUAAAGAUAUUUUUGAUGAAUGGUCCCUUUUAACUGGUGUGCGAGGCCUGUUGUUUAGCAACACAAGCGUUAACGGUAGUGCUUGGCGUCCUCUGAGAAAACCUGAUUAUUAUUCAGUUCUUCAACAGCAACAAGAAUUGCACAUGCACGUACAAGACGGUUAUGGUAAUAAAUGUGGACCCUCUUUUUUUUCUGAAACAUUGCCGUUUAUCAACCUUAUUCGAUCAGGAUCUAAAAUAACAGACGGGUUAAAAUCAACAUCAGGUCAGCUUAAUUACCACCAGUUUCAAGUUAGUCAAUCCACUGAUUUUUCAGCAAAUGUAGUGGACUUCGUAAACUCGAAUGGUAAAAAGGAUCGGGACGAGGACGCUGAUAUCAUCAUCGAAGAUUAUGACGACUAGAGUCGUCACGUCGCGAUAAUAAAAAGUGAUCGAGGGUUUUUUAUUGUUAUGUCAACAAUUUCUAAUAUUUAGAAUUAUAAAAUUCUAUUUGAUGAACAAAGAGGAAUAAAUAAUUUA